AUGAAUAACAAAGAUUAUUCACACAUUUUUGGCACAACAGAAACCAAACGUGUGUUGAGAGUUGAUUAUCCUAUAGAAAGUUCAUCAUUAGUAAGACCUAUACCAAUAAAGAAGAAUAGAGAUCUUAAUUUGUUACAAAAUAAUGAAUUUGAAUGGUUUGAUACAUCUAAUGGUUUUAUUCAAAAUCAUAUUGUAGUCAAUAAUGCAGAUCAAAAUUUGUUCACUAAUAACGAUACUGGGCAGAUAGAAAGACCUGAUGAUAUGUCUUUCAUAAAAAUUGAUGAAGACAUUUUACAGGUAGAUCAAUCCAAUUUGCUUCACGGACCAACAUUAAAUGAAUUAAAUGCCUGUGGUGGCGAUAAUUUAUUAGAAAACUUAAAUUUAGAUGAUCUGUUAUUACCACUUGAUUCAGAAAUGUCUAAAACACCUGACACAUUUAUUAGUCAAUACUUGAUGGAUCAUGUUGUGAAUACUAGCCCUGUUAACAGACCAAGUUCUUCAAAAUCUGGCUUUCAACAUUCGCCAAUCAGUUGCAGUUCAUGUUCAUCACUUUCUCCAGGUCCGACAAAUUCAAUAACACCACAAGAACUCUUGAAAAAAGAAACAAAAUCACUGAAGUGUUUAUCUUCUCCUAUAUUUGGAACUAGUGUUCCGGGAUCAGGAUUUAUGAUGGCUAACAAAUCAAAAGAAAAUCUUUCGUCAUCAGCUCCAACUCAUCUUGUACUUGACCAAAUGUGGCAACAAAGAGAAUCUCGACAGCAUUUAUUAUCCACAGGAUCAUUGGCAGAAGCAGGAUCUACUUCCUCGCUUUCAACUGGAGGUGUUUCAACUCCAGAAGCUUAUGAUUUGUCAUUUGAUGAAACAAUUGGUGAUUCCGAUAAUGAUACAGAACGAGAAGAAGUUUAUUCAUCUAAUUCAGAGGGCAGUGAUUGUGGUACUACAUCUACUGACUCAUACAUGGAUAGAUUUUUUGAGCAUUACAAUGCUCAUUCUAAGGUUUCUAAAGGUCGAGGAUUAGUAUUAAAAUGUAACUGUGGAAAAGAUGUUUUUGAUCCAGUAUUUAGUCAAAAUUGUCUAGUAAAAGGAAUUAGACAUUGUGGUAAACCAAGAAAGGGAGAGGGUAAUAACUUAAGACCAAAUCCUAGACGUUUACAGUUACUUGUCAAUGAAUUGGAUAAAUGGAACAAAAUGAGAACUAAAAUGACACCAAUCAGCGAGUUGCCAUUUGAUGUUAGGCAAAAUGCACGUAAAGAAAAAAACAAAGUAGUAUGCAGGUGUUAUUUUAUUUUAUCAAAAAUAAAGCUUAUUCAUACUACUUGUAAACGCUCAACACAAUCUGCUAAGAUUGUCACAUACUGUGAUGGACUUAAAUUUUAA